CCCGUCCUCAUCCGUCACCUGCUAUAUAUGCCUCUCCGCUUUGAAUCUAGGUAUAAAAAGCCCCAAUUCUGUCUCCCUCUCUCUUCCUAGGAAUCUCCAUUGACGAGCGGAGAGCUCUCAGCAGCUGAAGCAUCGUUCGCGAUCUUCUCUCUGUUCGAUCGGUCGGAUCGAGGGGAAUGGCAACGUUCGAGCUGUACCGGAGGUCGACGAUCGGGAUGUGCCUGACGGAGACCUUGGACGAGAUGGUCUCGAACGGCACUCUCAGCCCUGAGCUCGCCAUUCAAGUCCUCGUCCAGUUCGAUAAGUCCAUGACCGAGGCGCUGGAGACCCAGGUGAAGAGCAAGGUCUCCAUCAAGGGACAUCUGCACACGUACCGGUUCUGCGACAACGUGUGGACAUUCAUUCUACAAGGCGCUGUUUUCAAGAACGAGGACUCCCCGGAAGAUGUCGGUCGGGUUAAGAUUGUAGCAUGCGACUCAAAGCUGCUCACUCAGUGAUUUUCGAGUACCAGUUGCAUGUUUUGAUUCCAGAAACUUUAUACUGGCUGGAGGCGAGGUGUUUCGCCGCUUUACUGUCUCAGUUCCUUCCAUCCAUGUGUGUAAAUCUUGAUGACUUUUGAGAGUUGUAAUAGUGGUUGUUAGGAUAAGGGUAUGCUGGUUGUA